UUGAUAAAGGUCAAGAGGGAAUAAAUUAAACUUGUAAACUGGCCUCUUGCUGUUCGUAUUUCUGACGAUUCAGUAAAACCGACAGUAUUAUCUUCAACAAAUUCAUUGUAUUGCUCAACACGAGAUACAAACAACGCAUUUCGUGCGUGAGUUUCAGUCUGAUAGGUUGGGAAAAAAUUUAAAAAUGGGUUCCCGCUUCCAAGAGGUUCAGCAAGGUCCUCCGAUCGAGGUUUUCCAAUUAAAUCGCAUGUUUAUGGAAGACCCGCACCAGUCUAAAAUCAAUUUGAGCAUUGGCGCAUACUGAGAUGAGAAGGGUCAGCCAUGGGUCCUGCCAGUGGUGAGGAAGAUGGAGAAGCAGAUGGCUAAUGAUGAGACACUACUGCAUGAAUACCUCCCGGUUCUUGGCAUGGAACAGUUCACUGCGGCGUCUACCGCCAUGCUGCUGGGAGAAGACAGCCCCGCGCUCGCUGCAGGCCGUGCAUUCGGAGUUCAGACAUUGUCUGGUACAGGGAGUCUCCGCGUCGGCGCUGAGCUGCUGAACAAGCAACUCAACUACACCAACUUCUACUACUCCGUGCCUACCUGGGAAAACCACCAUCUUGUAUUCGUAAACUCCGGUUUCACAAGCCCUCGUACCUACCGCUACUGGGACGCGAAGGCCCGAGCGAUUGAUUUCGAAGGCCUCAUCGAAGACCUCCGCAAUGCCCCUGAGAACUCCGUGAUAUUGCUCCACGCGUGCGCCCACAACCCCACUGGCUGCGACCCCACUCAUGAACAGUGGGAGAAAAUUGCUGAUGUCAUGGAGGAGCGCAAGUUGUUCCCAUUCUUCGACAGCGCAUACCAGGGCUUCGCAUCAGGCGACCUAGACCAGGACGCCUGGGCCGUGCGCUACUUCGUCCAACGAGGCUUCGAGCUCAUCUGCGCACAGUCUUACGCCAAGAACUUUGGAUUGUACAACGAGCGAGUGGGCAACCUGGCCGUGGUGGUGUCGGACCCGUCCGUGGUGCAGACGCUGCGGUCGCAGCUGACGUGGAUCGUGCGCGGCAUGUACUCCAACCCGCCCGCGCACGGCGCGCGCGUCGUCACCAACGUGCUCGCCAACAAACAACUCUUCGACGAAUGGAAGGACCACAUCAAAGCCAUGUCGUCCAGGGUGACGGCAAUGAGAGAGGCUUUGAGGGCUGAACUUGUCAAACUCGGUACACCAGGCAAUUGGGACCACAUUGUCAAGCAGAUCGGUCUGUUCUCCUACACCGGGUUGACCCAAAGACAGGCGGAAUACCUAAUUCAAGAAUACCACAUAUAUCUAUUGAAAUCUGGCCGUAUUAAUGUGUGUGGGUUAAACCCAUCUAACGUCCAGUACAUGGCCAGGGCUAUGCACGAUGCCGUGACCAAAUUCCCCAAUGAAGAUGAUGCUCGCUCCAAAUUGUAGUGGAUCGCCGAUGCCACGGUAUGUGUUGUUAUACGGGUGAUGGGAUGGACGUACAUUCAAAUUCUAUGUAUUAUUAUUAUUAAUAAUAAAUGUAAAUAAAACCUUUGAUAGCAA